CAUUUACUCAAAACGUGUUAUACACUUGUCAAAAAAAAAAACAAUAUAAAUAAUAGAAAAUUUUUGGUUCUAAUGAUAUGGUUCUCUGGUUAAAGAUUGCCAAAUGAAGUUUCGACGCAAUCCACUCCCCAGUCGCCGAACCGACAUUUUAUGUUUCUUAACUGUGGCCGUAUUGAUACCCGCUGUGUUUCUAUUCGAUAUCAUAGUCCUGCUGCCGGAAAUACAUGAACCUGGCGGCUUUUUGCACACCUUCACUUUCCUAAUGGCCAUGUUUCUGUUGUUCAACAUCAAGGGCAACAUGUUGGCCUGCAUGAUGAUUGACACCAGCGUUGACCUUGAGCAUGUCAAGGCGCCGCCAGCUAGCGAGGCAGUGCGUCUGGGUUGGCGACAUUGCACUACGUGCGAUCGCUUGGCACCUCCCAGAUCGUGGCAUUGUAAGAUUUGUGGCGUUUGCAUUCUAAGACGCGAUCACCAUUGUUUUUUUAUGGGUUGUUGCAUUGGCCAGCAGAAUAUGCGGCAUUUUAUGUGCUUUACAUUCUACCUAUUCAUCGCAACGCUCUAUACGAUGGUCUAUGAAUUGUAUUAUGUAUUUGCGAGAUAUAUCGGGGAAUUGGCGCUUUUAAAUGCUAUAAGUAGACAGAUUUGGGAUGAAUUUGCAUGGUCUUUUAAUUGUUUUGAAAUCGCACUCAAAUUUACGGUGCUCCUCAAAUUGCUGUCGGCAAUUGGUGCUGGCAUAGCCUUGGGCUAUUUUGUGCCCCUUGUGCUACGUGGCGAGGUGACGGCCAACAAAGGAAAGCAGCACAAUUACAAUUGUGGUAUCUACAACAACCUGAAAAGUGUAUUUGGUCAGCGGAUGUACUUCGUCUGGAUAUCUCCUUUGCUUCGCAGCGAAUUGCCUGAUGACAGUUACAUUUUAAAAACCGACGACCCUGGGAAGAUUAAAUAACUUGAUCUCAUCUGAUUACUCGAUAUGUAAAAACACUCCAAAGAGCACGGCUAUAUCUGUUCCAUUAAAAAUAUAUAAUAUGAAAUCCAUCCACUCAGGUGAUAUGUUGGCUGUG